CAUUGAAGGCAGGACCGCGCCGUUUUUCCUAUGAUUUCAUCUCCGGUUCUUAUUGUUAGCUCCGUAAUCCCAAGUGGUUCGACUUCGUUCUGUUCUUCUCCGAAGUCAAAAUCAUGGUGAAAGCAGUGGUUGGAGAGGAAAGCCAACUCCAGCUAGCCGAGGAGCGUCUCUCCCAAUCCUCGGCUCCGGCUCAGGUUGGUUUGGUGAUAGGAAAACUCAGCUCCAUUCUGGACCGCGGUUUCGUGUACGAUCUAGUACCCACUCCUCAAAACGAUGCCGGACAGCCAGCUUGUUUGGUUCUGGAGCCUGCAAAAGACAAUAGGAAAAAGGGGUCGAAACCCAAAUCGCAGUCCUCUGAUUCUUCCUCAUCUUUGGUCAUUGACAAGGAUUGGGUCGCUGAACAUGCUCGCCAAGUGUCGAGAAUGAUGGUGGGUGGAAUCAGAGUAGUGGGUAUUUAUGUGUGGGCUGGUGAGGUCGCAUUCAAGAAUUCCAUCACGGAGCUUUGUCAGACUGUAAAAGUAGUUGCUGAAGCAGCAUCUCUUUUGGAGGAUGACCUUGAUGAAAGAUUGCUUAUUCACGUAUGUUAUAGCCCAAGGAGAUGGGCAUGUCGAACUUGUACACUGUCAUCAAAUAUUACAUCAAGCAGCUUACGACCUUGUGACUUCAAAAUGGGAAGGGUCUUAACUUCCCUUCAAACUUUUAAGUGCUUCUACGACUUUGAUCUUAGGCUGCCUAUAUAUCAAGAGAAAUCAUUAAAAUCUGAGACACUUGUCGGUGUUCUCCGUAAUGGAAUUUUGAAUUAUGUUAAAGAGCUACGAGAUGCAAAAGUCAUGAUCGAUGGGAACAUGGUUGUUAAUGAUGAAACUUGCACAACAGAUGGUUUGCAUGAAGUUGAGUUGUUUCUACCAUUUAUGAAGGAUAUGUACAUCGAAGCAUGCAGCAAUAAAGAUGUUGUAGGUAUUGUCAAUUUUACUGGCUCUGUAUGUUCCUUUUCAUUCUUGAAUUCAAAGGAACCAAUUUCACAGGCUGUUGCUGAUAUAAAGGAUGAUAUCAUCAGGAGUUUGCUAUGUAGGCUGGAUAUCAUUUGCGAUGAAGCGGGUGAAGAUGUAGGGCCAAAUGACGAUGUAAUUAAGGAAACAGGAAAUGACUCAUCGUCUGAAAAGCCAGUUUCCCAACUUGUUUUACACUCCUUGAGGAAAAAUUGCAAUCUUUCAUUACCUCGGAGGGUCUUUGUACCGUGGUUGGCGGGUACAUUUAUCAGCGACUAUCUUCAACCAUCAGAAACACUUGAGGUUUUAAAAGACCAUUGUGUUGAAUUGAUGUCCAUGGAAGCCCCAAACGAUGCUUCAAAAAUCUUGGAACCAGAAGAAGAAUCCCUUAGAGUGACCACUAGAUCUUUUUGGGAUAUAGUCCUCCCUUACUCUUCGACAUCGAGCUCUUCCCAAAAAAAAGGUGGAGAAAUUACCGGUAAACAAACUAGUCAGAAAACCAUCAAGUCACCCAAUGUAAACUUCAUUGCUGCUAUCGUCAUACUCCUCCUCUCAGUCUUAGUAGGUUACAUUUUUGUUAGAAAAUCAUAGUGCACUGUGUGAACAUUUGCAAGUAAUAUGGAGCACUCUAAGAAUCAAAUAUGAUAGAAUGUUGUUACUUAAAUUUGGCUGAUGCCUAUUUUAACCGUCAUUUUGCAUUUAGUGUAACAUGCUACAACAUUGACAUGAACAAGAUAUAUUUGAUGAUUCUUAAAA